AAAAAUUAAAAAAAAAAAAUAGAUCCUUAAAAAAAAAAAAACAUAACAGUAGUUUGGGGCUUCUCACGGGCUUAGUUUGGUCUCCUCCUUAUCUCACCAUUCAAACGCCGGAACUGGGCAACGCCGCCGUCGAUGCCAUUAAUUAACAACUUCUUAUUUCUUCCACCAGAUGGAUUAUAGGUCGUAUGAUGAGUCUGAUAUUAACAUCAAUGACUUUGUUGAGAAACCAUAUAAGCUAUUGAGAGCAGGAAAGUACAAAAUAAAGUUUGGGAAUGGUACUUUUAAGUGCCCCUUUUGUGCUGGGAAUAAGAAGAAGCCAUUCAACAAGUUUAAAGAUCUUCUACAGCAUGCCUCUGGAGUUGCCAAAAUUUCAUCUAAUAGAGGUACAAUAGAAAGGGCAAACCAUCUUUCCUUAGCAUAUUAUUUGCAGGAUGAACUAACAGAUGAAGAAGAUCUUAUCGAACAAGUUGGUAUUUCAAUGUCAGUUCAAGAACACGAAAAAGAAGCUGAACUGUAUGCGUGGCCUUGGACUGGCAUUAUUGUUAACAUUGUUUCUCAGGGUAAGGGUGAAUUAACCCUCCUUGAUUCUGAUUAUUGGUUGGCAAAGUUUGCCAUAUAUAGACCAUUUAAAGCUCAAAUUUUUUGGAAUGGGAAGAACCCUACUGCAGAGGUUAUUAUAGAGUUCAACAAUGACUGGAUUGGUUUUAAUUACGUGAAUGAAUUCGAGAGAAAGUUUGAGAAAGAUGGUUUCAGUAAACGACAUUGGAUAAAUGCUUUGGAGAUGCAUCGUGGCUCGAAUAUCUAUGGCUGGUGUGCUCGUGCGGAUGAUUAUAACUCUGAAGGGCCGAUAGGGGAGUAUCUUCGCAAGAAUGGAGAGCUGAGAACUGUGUCUGACAUUGUUAAUGAAGCAACUGUAAAGAAAAUGAAUGGUCUAGGUGUGGCACAACAAAGUAAAGAAAAUGAUUUGUUAACUGAGGAACUGGUUGAACUACAAUACAAGUACAAUGAAGCAACCUUGUCUUUAAGUAGGGGAAUUGAUGAGAUGAAGAAGGCUGAGCAAGAUUUUUUAAAAGAAAAAAAGAGGUUGCAGGAUUUUGCACGUCUUCAAUGCCAAAGAGUUUUGGAUGAAAAAGAUAAAAUGAGUAAUGAGUUGGAUAGAAUGAAAAAGAAACUUGAUUGUUGGAGCAAAGAAAUAAACAAGCGCGAAGCAUUAAUUGAACAUGAAAGGAAAAAACAUGAAGAGGAGAAAAAGAAGAAUAACCUGAAAAACAAAUCACUUGACUUGACUCCAAUGAAGCCUAAAAAGAUUGAUGAGCAUGUCUAUAGGCUGGUUGAAGAGCUAAAGAGAGAUGAAGAGAAUGCAUUGAAUAAAAUACAUCAGCUAGAAAAGGAGCUGGUUGCUAAGCAGAGGCUGGAGAUAGAAAUUAAAGAGUUGAGAGGAAAGUUAGAGGUGAUGAAGCAUCUAAAAGAUGAAGACGAUGAAUCGAUUCAGAAGAAGAUGAAAGAAAUGAACGAUGAAUUACAUGAAAACGUGGAUGAUUUGGAUGGUUUGAAAAUUUUAAAUCAAACUCUUUUGACUAGAGAGCGUCAGACCAGUAACGAGUUACAAGACGCUCGGGAAGCAUUAAUUGAGGGAUUGCCUGAUUUGUUGAUUAGUCCAAGUAACAUUGAGAUAAAAAGAAUGGGAGAUCUUGACAUUAAGCCCUUCCUUGACGUUUCCAAGCAACGAUUUCCAUUCGAUGAAGCUCAAGUGCAGGCUGCCACCCUUUGCUCCUUGUGGCAAGAAAACUUGAACAAUCCAAGUUGGCAUCCAUUCAAGGUGGUGACUAGUAAUGGGAAUACCGAGGAAAUUAUAGACGAGGAAGAUGAGAGCCUAAGAAAUCUAAGGAAGGAAUGGGGAGAAACGAUAUAUGGGACCGUAGUUACCGGGUUGAAAGAAAUUAAGGAGUAUAAUCCAAAUGGAAGAUAUAUUGUUCCUGAACUUUGGAAUUUCAAAGAAGGAAGAAAAGCCACUGUCAAAGAAGUUAUUACCUUUUCUCUUUUGAAUAUGAAAAAACUAAAGCGCAAGAGAGCUGUCUGGUGAAAUGUUUAAGGCUUGUAAUUAUAAUUAAUUAUUAUAGAGAAAUUUAGCUUAGUAUGCUUAAAUGUAAAGCAUGAUUUUUAAUAUAUCACCUAAUUAGAAAUAGGGUAUCUAUAUUUUUAAUAUUUUUUUUUCCAAAA